AUGGAAAGACAUGACGAUCAACGUCAUUUAUCUGAUGCAGACCUUGAAAGUCAUCCAAAACGAAGUUUAGCAUGUGCAUUGUUGGCCAGUCUAUUGUGUCCAAUUCUGGGUGUGAUUAGCAUUUAUUUUGCUGUAUUAUCUGUUCGGGCUCACAAUCAAGGUUAUUUUGCUCAGUCUCAAACAUACUACAAACGUGCUAUUCGGUGGUCGUUGAUUACAUUCAUAUUUGGUUUGGCACUUGUUUCGACAAUUGCAUUUAUUUUUUUUGUCAGAGCUGUUUUACACUUAUGA